AUGGACGAUGCCACGGCCAACCAUGUUGACGGGGACACCUUCAUGUCCCCGAACUCGCUCUCUCCCUUUGACGAGUACGCCGCGAACCCACGGUAUAUCGAGCUUCAGGAGGAGCUGCGAGGCCUGCUCUUCGCCGGAAGCCUCGACUUCUCGCGGGUGUCGAUCCCCAAGAUGAGGCUCGUCAAGUACCUCAAGAACUGGGUCACCGAGUGCUCGCCGUACCUCGACAAGUUCGACGAGGCCCGCCACUUCGGCAUCCAGGUGCCCCUCAUGGCGCAGAGCUCGCCGGGCCUCUUCUACGCCGUGCUCGCCUUCUCCGCGCGGCAGAUGGAGCGCAAGGCCUGCCUCGACAGCAGCCACGACAGCCUCGAGCUCUACCAGGAGAGCAUCCGGCUGCUCGCCCCCGGCCUGCAGGCCAAGGACCCCAACAUGCUCGUCACGGCCUGCAUCCUGGCCGUGCUCGAGCUCAUGUCCGGCAGCCCGCGCAACUGGCGGCGCCACAUUGAGGGCUGCGCCGCGCUCUUCGCCUUCUACGAGGUCACCGGCUUCUCGGGCGGCCUGCUGCAGGCCGUCUUCUGGUGCUAUGCCCGCAUGGAGCUCUGCGGCGCCAUCAUCUCCGGCGGCGCGGAGAGCACCGUGCUGACCCUCGACAAGUGGGUGCCGCCCGUGCCCGAGGGCUUCGGCACCACCCGCGCCCACGCCGAGGACUUCGUCAAGAGCAUCUUCUACCAAAAGGGCCGCGAGACGCCCGACAUGCACGCCAACUGGGCCGUCUACCUGUGCGCCAAGUCGUGCGACCUGAUGCACCGCCAGGUCCGCCUCGUCGAGCUGGGCGAGCCUGACGACGCCGACGACCGGCCCUUCGCCGAGCGCUGGCGCCGGCUCUGGUCCGAGCUGCAGUUCUGGCGCGACACGCGGCCCAAGUGCCUGCUGCCCAUCAUGACGACGGAGGCCGGCGAGAACCAAAUCUUCCCCAUCAUUCUCUACGCCCACUGGGCCGCCAUCUCGAGCAAUCAGCUCUACCACACAGCGUGCAUCGUCAUGCUCGAGAUGCGGCCCCCCGGCGAGACGCUGCCAAACACGCUCGAGUACUCGGCCAUCUGGCACGCCCAGAGGGUCUGUGGCAUCUCGUGGACGAACCCGCACCGUGGCAACCUCAUCAACGCGAUUCAACCCCUGUACAUCGCGGGCAGGUUGCUGACGCACCCCAGGGAGCACCUUGAGGUGGCGCGCAUCUUCAAGAUUAUCGACAGGACGACGGGAUGGGGCGCGGUGUGGCGGUUGAAAGACCUUGAGGCGGAGUGGGGGUACGAGUCGGGCGAGAUUCUGAGCAUGAUUUGA